UCCGCCCGGCCCACUUUUAUUCAUACGUUGGAGAAGGUUGGGGACAGAGUUUGGAUGUGUUCGGUGGUGGCUGUUGGCCAUGGCCCCUUUUCUCAAUCCAGAAUUCGGAGUUCCAGAGAGUUGGAUUUGCAGGUUCCUUUGGAGGCGAAGCUCGGGACUGGACUGGUGACAUUCUCCCUUUUCUGUUGCAAUCUCCCAAGUCUUACAUUUCCAAGUGCACUAUGAGCUUAGCGCUCAUACAGGGCUACUCUUCUGCGGAGGAGGAAGAAGAGCCGUUUGAAGACCUUAACUCCUCAGACGAAGACGAAGAUAAAGUCAGCCGGAUUCGUUCUAAGGCUGGUAAUGGCUUGUUCGAUUUUCCGAAAGCAUCGGGCGAAUCUUUGCUUCCAUCAGCUUUCGAAGCAUUCUCCGAAAUUGCAGGACCACCGGAGUUUCUCAACAAUUCCGUUGCCGAGUUUGUUUCCACGGAUGACAUGAACUCCAGAGGUAAACGUGGCCGUGCGGCAGUUGGCAGAGAGAAGAAAGAUCUGCCUGCUGGUGCUGUAGUGGAGUCUAAAGCUCAGUUGGUGGGAAUUCGAGAGCGAGUAAGAAGUGAUGUUGAAGGAAGUAUCCCUCCUGCAUCAUCAGCUCAGCCUCACAAAGGUUCUGUAAGCACAACCUCUGCGGAAGUCAAGCGUGUAAUGACUGCAACCAAUCCUGAUAUGAAGGAUGCUUCAGAGCUUCUUAGGAUGUGCUUGCAAUGUGGGAUACCGAAGACCUAUUCUAAUACGCGAGGAAUAGUUUGCCCUGUAUGUGGUGAUCGCCCUCCCGUGGACCCAAAUCAAGUGCCUGAAAAGAAGAAAGGUUCCACCAUUAAAGAUAAGGAGAAGAGCAAGAGAAUGAAGGGUCAAUCUUCUCACUCAGCUUGGAAGAGUGAAACAGAGAUGCAGCUUCGGCAGCAGUUCGAUUAGAAGGUGCAUGCAUCGGAGGGACAGAAGAUGUGUAAAAUGUCUUAUGAUUGAGUGAUCUUCCUAAAUUCACUUGAUUUUAGAGAGGAACGAGCAAUAGAUCGUCUAAAAUGGAUUCUACUUAUUUGCAAAAAGGUCCUACUUGCUCCAUUGCCUGUGAUGAAAUGGUUUUCAUUACUAGCACCUAUAUUUGCCAUGUGUAGCACUGAUUUGGUCAUUUCAUUACUUUCACAUAUCUUCACCACAGGGAGGCUCAUGUGGCAUUGUAAACUGUAGAUUAGAGAUAUAGUUUCCUUGCUAUUUUGUUUGAUGGGAAGAAAGAAAUAAGCAUUGACUUAAAAAUUAAUGUACAUCUAUGUCAUUACUAGAGAUAGAAAUGUUAGUUUUCCUUUUCAUAAUUACAUAAGCCAAAUGUUUCCUUCUUGAUA